UUUAGUCAAAAGGUGAAAGGUCCAUUGCAUGGACUCUGCAGCUCAUUUGGUUAAUUUAGAGCGCUGCACCGGGUUAGAUCAUUCAUGCCAGAGGGCCUUUAGUUGCAUUUUUUGCAACUCCUCCUGGUUAGGUCUAAAGUUGUAUAUGAUCUUCCGCUUGAAGCCCAAAAAAUCUCGAUGUUUCUAUGAGCUUCGACUCGGUGUUAUUGUUCUUGACAAUUAGAGCGUAAUACGGAAAUGGUCUAAUUUUUUCUUGGGAAAACCUGCAAUAUUUUUGAAAUUCAAUACCAACAAACCUCAACUAUAUGUGUUCAUAGAUUGAUAAGAUCGUAUAAAGAACAAUAAGAAUUCAAACUUCAAAGAGAUUACCCCUGUGCUGGAAGCGCGCUUCAACCAAGCUGAAACAGCGGUUUAUCCUUUGUCUUUUUAACAUAUUUUACAUAAGUUUGACAGAUAAAAUGCAUUUUAUGAAUUUUUUGUAAACAUUACCCAACACCGGAAGCACAGUAACGGAAGUAAAUGUGUCAUUUUUUUGUUUAUAUAAAUUUGCCGGUAAAAUUCGCCACAGUCAAAAUCCAAGAAAGUGCUCGAACUGCGAAGGUUAGGUUUUAAACUGAACGUUUUGUACAAAUAUCGUUUCUUUGUGGUGUAUUAUAAGCAAUUUUAUAUUACUUUAUAAAAGUCUUGUAAUUAUUUAUAGCAUUGUAGUCUGAGAAAUUUAUACAUAUCUUAUUUGUUUUAGGCUGCGCCAUUCAUUCAUAAAUUUUGUAUACCACAUGCUCUUCAGGACAAAUAUGUUUUAUGGGAGUUUCCUCAGCUUGUGUUUAUGUUUGGUUUUGUAAGUAUAUUUUUAUUCUAAGUGUAGAUAUUCUUCUAUGAAAGUAAUAUUUUAACUUGGUCUAUAUUUUACUUGUAAAAUUUAUAUUAGAAAAAUUCAUAUGGUCUCAUAAGAGCGCUAUACUUUGACACAUCACGUAUGAUGCACAUGAUCUUUUCUUGGCUAAUUUUCCUGCAGUUUUUUUUCUGUCAUGCCCAACAUUGUUAUUUGUUACACAGGGGCAAAUAAUAAUUUGCUUGUGUGCAUUAACUUUGGUCAGUUUAAGACACAGGAAAAUUUUUCCAUAAAUGGGUUUUUGAAUUAAUGUUUUUUAAUAAAGAUUUUGAAAAAUAAAAAAGUACCAUUAUUAAAUGGUAAAUAUUAAACAUCAUAUAAUAACCAAAAGUGGUAAGAGUUUAGUUUUUACAUUCAAAAACCCAUUAAUGGCAAGUUCAAUUUUUUCUGGGUACAGCAGUGUCCUCACCAGGGGGAAUGUUGACAAGGUCGGUUGGGGUGACUCUGCUUCAUGAUCAGACAUUUGUUGUGAGAUCUGUUAGAGGCGCCCUUAGAACUAAAGCCUUCAACUUGAUCAAGUUGAGCUGCAUCCUUCACAAUUCUGCCUUGCUCUCAGCUACAAGUAAAGACGAUGAGCACAUGCACUCCCUUGCACUCACUCAUUUAUUCUAAAUGGCUAUCAAUUUCUUCAGGUCACAUGUAGAUUGUUGGAAUGCUACAAACUAUAACUAUGAUCAUUUCAUCUACACACAACAAUGGCCACAAAGUGUCUGUGAUUGUGAUGAAUCAAAUGUAAGUACAGUUAAGCCUAAUUGUUCUGUGCUUGUGAAUAGAGUGAGCCUUGCGAUUCUAAUUAAGGCCCAGUCAGUAGAGUGGGCUUUGAUUUAUUAUAUAGUAGAAAGUGAGAUGCUGAAAAAUACACAGUGAGAUAUUUUCCAUAUCUUCAGAAAUAUCGAUAUUUGAUUUUUCGCAUCGAAAAUAUUGAAAAUAUCGAAAGUUCUCUGAUUAUUCAGCAAUUAUUGUUUUCACCGGUGAAGUGUAGCUGACAACGUGUGUAUGGUGGCAAUGGACCAAUCCCAUCAAAAUUUUGAUCUCAAGUCUAGACAAAAUUCCAUCACAGCAUGAAAGAGCAUCACAAAAUUAGUAAUAUUCAAAGGUUUUGUUGUGAAAUGGUUACCACUUUGGAAAAAUUCCUGUGCAUAAUACAAAAUGACUGAAAAUUGCAAACUUCGCAAGGCUAUAUCAUCCAUAUUUUACAACAUUUUGCAAUGAAACUUUGGAAUAUUGCUAAUUUUGUGCCUCUUUCAUGCUGUGAUGAAAAUUUUAUCUAAUUAUAGACUUGUUGAGAUCAAAAGUUUGAUUAAUAUGGGACUGAUCCAUUGCCGUCAUACACACAUUGUCUAAACUUCACCGGUGAAAACAAUAAUUGCCGAAUAAUCUGAGAUUAAUUAAUUAAGUUGUUUAUAGUUACAACUUUUGGUAUUUUCGAUAUGCGAAAAAUCAAAUAUCGAUAUUUCUGAAAUAUCGAUAUAUAUGGAAUAUAUGAUACAAGUGUGUGGGCAAUUGAAAUUAAAAGCGAAAAUUAAACCAUUACGCUUGUAAAUAUAUCUUUAAACUUUCAUGAACGGAUGAACUGUUGUUAAUAAAUUUUUGAGACAUACCAUGUGACUGUGAGACGUACCAUUAACUAUAAUAGUUUUGUUUGUGGAAACACCACGUAAAUUUAUUACUGCAAAGCUUUCGAUCUGUAAUCCCGGAUCUUCAUCAGUGCUAAUAAAUAAUAAGCUUUGCAGUAAUAAGUUUACGUGGUGUUUCUAUCCACAAACAAAACUAUAAUAUUAUAUUUUAUCCCCAUGCAAACAUACAAAGAACUUAGUACCAUUAACUGUUUGUGAUGUGUAUACAUGCAAGUUAACUAAAUUACAUUUUCUCGUUUGCAUAAUUUGAUAUAGUCGAUAUUAUUGAUUUUUUUUUCGAUAUCUAUACAUCGACUUUUUUCUAUAUUGCAACUGCCUACGUGACUUUUUUCAAUUUGCUUUUGAGCAUGAGCCAAAUUUCACAAUUUUUUGCUUGAGACUAUAUAAUAAACAUAACAUUACAUGGUGGCUUGAAGAUAUGACUUUUAUCUUCUUGUGUUAAUUAAUUAAACACCACUCGAAGAUAUAUCAACUUGUGUAUUCAUGUCCAACGCCAGACAAUUUUAUUUAGUUUGAAAGAGGAGAGCCCUGGUUCUUAAUGGGUUAACCAAAAAUCUGCCAAUGCAUUUUAUUGUUAACCCACUAAGCUGCAAUGUCCAAAUGCGCCCUACUUUAUUAUUUUACUCUGUCAAACAUUAGUUGAUUAUUUUACUCUGCCCGACACCAGACAAUUUUACUCAUCAAAGUGAGAGUCUUGCACUUUAAUGAGUUAAUUUGAAAGUGGUUUUUAUUUAAGCAGGCAGUCUUAUCUGACAGUUCUUUAAAAUUGUUUAUUGAAUUUCUCACUCAUUGGUGAGCAGAUGUCCCAACAGGCUAUUGCCCAAUUGAUAGGGAUCCAAGGUGCCUACGAUUUUGAUGCCCUUACCCAAGUUCUAAUGUAUGUGAAAGUCUAACCAUUUACUGAUGUCAAUGUAAAGGUAGCUCUUUCUCCUCAAUUAUCUUAAGACCUUGAGUAGAGGUCCAACCAAGGAUUGAACCCAGGUCUCCCAGCUUGAAAUGCAAGCGUGGUGACCAAGACACCACGGGUGGGUUGGUUAAAUUGAUAUUCUUCUGUCACUUGUUGCAGGAUGGUCAUUGUCGCAUCCCACAGGAUGUGAAAACCUGGACUAUACACGGAUUGUGGUAAGAGUUAAAUGACAAUAUGGCAUUAUACUCCAAUUUUAAAUGUCACCACAUGUUGACUAUUUUGUUUGUAAUUGGUAGGCCUACACUUGGAAAAACAGAAAAUCCUAGCUACUGCAACAGAUCAUGGCCUUUCGAAGAAUCACAAAUUCUGGUACUUUGCAAUAAAAUAUUUCAAGUGUUCUUUGAACGUAUCCUAAUCUGAAAUUCUCCACCAAAUUUCGUCCAUUCACUUUCUUUCAUCUAGAAUAUUGAAGACAAAAUGGAAAUUUAUUGGCCAUCUCUUCUUACUUCUUCUCAUAAUUCCAGAAUCUCAUUUUGGUGAGGGAUUGCAGUGUACAUAUGACCUUUAUGGUUCCUGGUUGACCUUAGCAAUAACACCAUGUGCAUUAAUGUCAUAUUACUUGUUAAAUGUCUUGGUUAUUUUCCCCCACUUCCUUCCAUUGUCUGGUUAAUGUAACUGGGAAUCUGGUUAUAUUUGACCAGGACAUACUUGUUAAAAUAACCAAUAACCACACUAUGGAGUAGCCUGAGGAUCAGGCCCUUGUGAUUCUCAUAGCCUAGACAACCGCUGGUUAUUUCUCGUAACCAAAACAUUCCCUCCAUACCACAUAAUUGUAAAGGGAAAGGUUUAUUGUUUUUUUCUGACAUUAAUUUUACACAAUAGUCUUUGGUAAAUAUUUGGAUAAAAUGACAAAACCUCCAUGAUUCUCCAAAAUGUCUGAAAAUGCCAUUUCAGAGGGUUUAAAUUGGAGAAUCUUUACAGAGAGAUGCCCUUGGGUUCCCCUCUAUUGGGAACCGUGGGCCCUGAUAUUUGGGCUAGAGAUGAAGUAGGCCAGGUAUGUGCUUUUGGUGUAGAAAAAUAUCAAAGUAUUCUUGGUUGUUUUUCAGGGAACAUGAAUGGAAGAAACAUGGAACAUGUUGUACUGAUAUGUCAUCAUUAAACAGUGAACAUAAAUAUUUCGAUACUGGUCUGCAACUGAAUAGAAAGUAUGACAUUUUAAGGUAAGCCAUACCUUGCCAUUGUCGAUAUGGUGUCUGUUAAUAUACUGUUGAUCACUUUCAUUUUAUAUCAUUCAGCAUGCUUAAUGAUGCCAAGAUUGUUCCAUCUAAAACGGCGACGUACAAGGUAUGAAUUUUAAAUUGCUUUAGAUGAAUGCAUUCAGUAUUUUGGCAGUCUGUGCAUGACAAUUUCUUUAACAAUGCUAUGCUUGUUGUUUUUUUUAUUUAGCUUGAUGAUUUCCGCGAAGCUGUGCAGAAAAAAACAGGACACAAACCCAUCCUUCAUUGCUGUAAAAAGGAUGUAAGUUAGCCGCAAGUCUGGGAGUCCGUGAGUUGCGAGUUUACAAGUUUCCGAUUGUUUUCACAAUCAUAUUUGAAAAAUUGCAAGAAACCUCAUCCUUGCCCUUGGCCUUGUAGUACAGGACUUGAAAAAAGAGCCGUCGAUCACCGAUCAAUGAUCGGCAAGAAAUUGCUUAUGAUCGGCGGAAAAGCAGGGUUUCCAACCUGAAAAAGCCGGAAAAGUCAUGACUGCCGAUCACCAUGAUCGGGAAGGGAACCUUAUUUCAAGCCCUGUAGUAAAAAUAUUCACAAACUGAAUUGAAUUGCAUUUAUUACGUAGUAUGCUAAACUUUGCCUUUAAGAGUGUUUUUUGGGAGUAGUGAGUUGACCUGUUGUUAACUUGACAAUUUUGUCGAUGAACCGCGAUUGUUGUAAAAAAUAAUUGUUUGCUGAAAAACUAAAGAAAAAAAUCAAAUCGGAAACAGAUCCACAUUUGCGAAACAAGCUGUUCCAAAUUUCGCUCAAUUUUUCACAAUGAAAUCAAUCAUAGGGGCGUAGCCAGCCCGAAACGAGUGGGGUCUAAUCGUCCAGCGGGAUGGUCCCCUGGAGGAUUUUCUAUUUUUAAUGGUCCACAAAACGCUAUUUCAUGCAUUUUAGACACGUUUUAUGAUAAUCUGAAAGCCACAGAUUUGGUAUAUUUUAUGUCAUAGAUGAAAACAGUAAGAGGGUUACAACAACCCCCGCCCCCAGUUUCUUCUCAGUUUUGAAAGAAUUACAAAAUUGGUCCUAAAGAAAAGUGGGGGUCUGCCCCCAUCCCCUCCCUGUGGCUACGCCUCUGUGAAAUCCAAUAAGUAAAUAUGCGUGCGUGUUUCCCCCCUAGAGCAAACAGAGGGUGCAAGAAAUCAUGAUUUGUAUGGAUAAAAAAUUGAACCUAAUCGACUGUAAAGAGGAGGACGAGGAAUGCACCAACGAUGCUUCUGUGUUUUAUGAACCGCUGAACCCAUGGUAGUAAGUUAACAUUUGCCACUUUAAAAUUGAUGACGAGAUUGAAAGCUGAAUGUUCAAUCGAGCAGGGUGCUUACAUUGACGUACUCGUAUAAGCCAAUAGACCUUAUGCAUAAUGACGUCACAAGGCUUGAUGCCCGCGAGGAGUGCUGGUCUUUAUAGUAGUCAUCGGCCGGGAAAAUUUCGAUAGCGAUGACUACUAAGACCGGCAUUCUUCGCGGGCAUCAAGCCUUGUGACGUCAUUAUGCAUAAGGUCAUUCAGAGUUUCCACUGCGCAUCUGAAUGAUGCAUUCUGCGUUGGGAUAUAUUUCUGUUGAAAUACCGGGUGUCCCAAAAAAAAAACUGGACAGUGUUUGAUUUCAUGUAACGUAAAAGCUAUAAAAGCUUUCGCAAUGAAAUAGAAAGAUCAUUGCAUUCACAAAGGACCAACUUAGAUUUUGAUAUUUUGCACUUGAAUUUACGUGCAAUAUUGACUGUGCUAUUGAUUUUUGAACGUUGAACUACUGUUUUUGAAAAUUCCAAAAAUUAGCAUAAAACAACCUUAUAAUUACCGAUGUAGUUAUAUACGUAUUAAAUAAUAUUUUUAUUUUGGUUGUAUCUCGCUCAAUAUUGCAUGUAAAUUCAAGUGUUAUAUAUCAAAAUAUAAGUUAGUUCUUUCUGAAUGCAAUGAUCGUUAUUUCAUUGCGAUAGCUUUUAUAGCUUUUCCGUUACAUGAAAUGAAACAGUGUCCAGUUUUUUUGGGGACAUUGGGACUGACGCUGAGACUGAAUGAAGUAGUAUAUCAAAGCAUUCAACUGUUCACAUUUUGUUACUUUUUAAUUAAUAUUCAGGCUCAGUCUUUUCAUCAAUUUUUGAGGUGAGCGAUGGUAUUUCCUACACCGGCUUGCUUUUUAUUUUAUAAUUUUUAUCGUACGUUUCAAUAUUUGGGGUUAAAUGUAAAUUAUUACGAAGGAAUUCAUAUUUUUACGGAAAAUUUAUAGCCGUUGAAUUUGUUCGGUUUUUUAAUGAGUUAAUGUAUUGAAUGGUUUUAAACUUGUUUACGAAAAUCCCACUUAAUGAACUUACUAACAAUAAUAUUGAUCACACAUUCUUUCAAAAUGCACAAGCCAUUGUAAGAUAUGGUAUAGAGUUCUAUUUUAUUAUUUACAAUUGUAUAUUGAUGUAUUUAUAUUGAUGUGGGUAAAACACUAUUUGCAAUAAAUAUACUAUGUUACAAGCCAUGAUACAUUUACGGAAUGAUGAUGAGUGAUAUACAUUUAUUUACAACAAAGUCUUUGCACCAAUGUUAUAUGUUCAGAAAACCAAACCCAAUUUAUUUUACUGUAAAGAUUUCUGUGAUCAACGUGUUGUCAUUUGGCGUAACCAUCCUUAAGAGUUGAGUAACCAGCCUUAGGGGUGCUUCACACCAGCAAUUUUGUUGGCGACUUUUCUCCUCCUGGCGGAUGUGACUGAAUGAGUGACCUGCAAAUGACUCGGACAUGUAUACUUCCAAAAAGCGAUUUCAUACUUUUCGCUGUGAGUUCACUCAUUCGCAUCGGUCAGGAAGAGAAAAUCGUCGACAAAAUCGCUAUAGUGUGGGCGAAAUGUUUUGAAAGUAAAAUAUUUGUUGCUCGUACUGACAUUAAAGCAUAUUGAAAUAGAGCAUAAAUUAUCGCCAGUCUAUGAAGAGGUACAGUAACUUUAUGAGAUCAGUGAAUCCAGAGCUCCAGGUGCUCAGUAGCCUGCCUGUUUUUAGGUGUUCUGCGUCGGGCUGACCGUCUGCCGCGCAGGCUAGAUGCUGAGUGAAUCUCACGUUUUACCAACUAUGCACUUUUUCUUACAUCCCAAUAUCUGCCUGAAAGCUUUGUUAUACUCGUAGUGAAAUAGCGCAUAAAUUAUAGGAUUCACAAAGCUUGACAUAAAUAUAAACACCGAGGAAAGAUACUCUAUUGCUUUGGGCACAGAAUCACGACCGCUCACGACAGCACUAAAGUUCACCAGUCCCCUUGGCAACCAGAAGAUGGCGAAAGCAGCUGCGACCAAUAACAGACUGGUCGUCACGCGCGAUUCACGUGAGCGAUGACGGCGAAAAUUACGAUUGAUUGUGUUCAUCGAGCCUCUGCUGCUGUAAAUAUUUCCUGAAAUAGACAAAAUUUAGGAAUGUUAUUAUACUGGACAUCAGUAUGUUAUGAAGGUUUACAUUAUAAGUGGAUACCGAAAAACCGAAAUGUUGUGUCAAAAUUUUAAUUAUUCAGGUAGCAUCUGCAUGCUCUACAGCUAAUUCAGAAAAGAUUGUUCCUGACAAACCUCAAACUCUAAAGUCUAAACUUUAAACUCUAAGCGUGCAAAGCAUAAUGGGAGCA